ACCUUUACCCCGUUUGAGAGCAGACUUGCGCCAUUUUGUUUUGCGUCUCGUCUUGCGUUUUCAGAUCCUCCAAACUGACACGAUUUUUACCGAUUUCCAGGAGACUUUGAGACCUCUUAGUAUCAUAGACAUACAGAGAUGGCGGAAUUCACGUGUCUGCCGCCUAAUAAAGAGCUUCAUGUGGAACAAACUAUUAACGAGAGGCACAUAAAAAAGGAGGUGACAGGAGGCACUAGAUGGCAACAGGAUAAAGAAGAGAGCGUGCUGUGCCAGGAAACGCACAGUGACGACCAGGAAACCUACGACUUCUUUGGCUCAACCCAACCAACUGGACAUCCUUGGAACAAAACUUACAGCAGUUUGGAGCAGACAACAGACACGGGACGGCAGCAGGACGAGGAAUGGGACGUUCCAAUCGACGGAACGUGCGGUUUAAGAGCAGAAAUGGGAGCGUCCAAUAAUGAGUUUUCUACUGGUAAACUGUCUGCAGAACACCAUGGGAAGGAGAUGGACUGUACUGAGCAACCUGGGAAAGAGAGUGCCAGUAGGGAGACCCAGACAACAGACAUGUGCAUGGAUCAGGAAACGUGUGAUGUGAACUUUCCCCAACCUAACAACACAUCAACCUCACAGGUACAGGAGAGCAGAGGCAAUAUGGGAAGACGUGUGGUUAAUUACAGAGGUGAGAAACCCUACAAGUGUGGAGAGUGCGGAUACAAGACAAGUAAAAAGGACCACUUAUCCCGACAUAUAAGAACCCAUACAGGAGAAAAACCAUACAAGUGUGGGGAGUGUGGGUUUAGGACAGCUCGGAAGUCUAUCUUAUCUACACAUAUUAGAACCCACACAGGAGAAAAACCCUACAAAUGUGAUCAGUGUGACUAUUCUGCAGCACGAAAAGGUGAAUUGAAUAAACAUUUAGCAAAACACAGUGGUGAGAAACCCUACAUGUGUGAGAAGUGUGGGUACAGGACAGCUGACACGUCUCACUUAUCACGACAUAUGAGAACCCACACUGGAGAGAAACCGUACAAGUGUGACCAGUGUGAAUAUUCUGCUGUAGAGAAAUCCAAAUUGGAUCUACAUAAAAGAAAACACACUGGUGAAAAACCCUACAAGUGUGACCAGUGUAAUUAUUCUGCUGCAGAGAAGUGCAAAUUGGGUCGACAUUCUUUGGUACACAAGAAAGCACAAUGAUGAGAAACCAUUGUGGGGAGUGUGGGUACAGGACGUCUAGAUAGAAUGAUUUAUACCAGCAUAUGAGAACCCACAAACCUUAAAGUUGUAGUCCUGAUAGGUAUAACUACUCUGCAGCCACGAAAUCUCAGCUGUCUAAACAUUUGGCAACACUUACAAGGGAAGCUGAAACUGCAAGUGUGACAAAUGCAUAGCAUACCGCCUUGUCCUCUUCCAUGCAGAUCUAGCUGGGACGUACUCUACAAAUGUGACCUGUUCAACUUCGAAAUAUUUACUUCGUACUGAUAUAUUUGUUAAUUGAUAACGUAUAUUAACCAAUUCAAGAAAGCGUCCCUGGCUAUGGCACAAACUUUCAUUCAGAAAAGCAUACAUUUGUCCAAACACGUUUAAUCAGUCAAGUAGAAGCAUGAUCGUAGUGUUGCAUCAUUUCUUUACAUGCUGAUUUGAACCAAUCACCUUUCUGACUUACUAAACUAAUCAUGCUAUCUGGCAUCCGUGCUUUCUUGGUUAACCAAUCACAUUAUCUUUUUGCCCUUGUUGACCAAUUACGACAUAUUAUUAUCUUGCCUAACCAAUCACAGUAGCUCUCUAGCCCGGGUAAACAACCAUAGCAUCUUUUAUGCUGGUGAACAAAUCACAACACCUUUUCAUCCUCGUCAACCAAACAGAGCAUAAUUUUAUUUUAUUAAGUAAUCACAACAUUUUUUUUUUAAAUUCUGGCUUAUCAAUCACGGCAUCUUUCCCAUUGA